AUGCAGCCCAACAUCAGCGGAGCAGGGCCAGUGUCGAUCCAACCCCUCCCUGUCCCCAAUGUCACCUACAUGGUGCCUCAGGCUUCUGUCUGGACUGGGGUUCCAGGUGUCCAAGGACAGGGAGUGCAGCUCCCACCUGGGGGGAUGCCCCCAACAGUGGUUCAGCUGCCACCUGGGGGGGUCUCCCAAGUGGUUCAGCUGCCACCUGGGGUGAUGCCCCAAGUUGUGGGUCAGCUCCCACCUGGGCCCCCAACCGUGGGUCAGCUCCCACCUCAGGGGGUGCCUUCCAUUGUGGUUCAGCUCACUCCUGAGGGGCUGCCCACAGUUGUGGGUCAUCUCCAACCUGGGGGGCAGCAGUUACCCCUGCUCAUGCUCCUACCCGGGGGCAUGAAGCCGGGUAUGCCUCCCCCCAAUGCCCCUGCCCACUGCUGGGAUCAUCCCCUGGUGGCAGGGACGAUGCAGCCUCAGCAGCCGAUGGGGCUGCAGCCCGGGGCCGCGUUGCAUGGACAGCCCCCACAGCCCGCAGGCAGCUGCCCGCUACAGGCUCCCAGCCACCCGGGCCCCUCAACAGUCCUCCAAGGACCUCCGGUGCAUCAGCAGGUGCUCCUCGUGCCCGGCACCCUGCCCACCAUCUUAGAGCAGGAGGAGGAGCCCUUUGGAGACACCGUGGUGCACACAGAGGACCAGGGGCAGCCAGCACCCAUCAGCGUGUGCCCCCAUCCCACCACGGCUCCACUCACCUGCAGCACUGCAGCACCGGAAUCAGGUACAGCAACAACCAGCUCAGACAUCCUGGAGGACAUCACUGACAUCGGUGACCUCCUGGCUUGGAUGAACAGUGAAGUGGCACCCAAAGAGGUCCCGGACAACAUCCCGGGCAUAGAUGAUGACUCGGCCUAA